AUGGGAGGAGAUCGUGUAAAAAUUCCCGCUAUAGAGCAAGGAUCUCCGUCGACCCUGACCUUGAAUAGCUCUGGAUCGGCGGUGCCCGAAGAGCAACGCCAUUCGCACGAAAAACCGGACCAGACAGACUCAGCCAAUGCAUCAACUGGAGAAUCAUCGUGCAGCAGCAGCAGCUGUGGGACUCGUACUAAACCGCCGGACUCCGGCCCGCAUCCCACCAAAAACAGCCCGUCGACGUCCAACACAGUGCAUAACGGUUCUUUCGUGUUGAAUGCGAGCGGCGAAUAUGAGACGCGCCGUCUGCUCAGCGAAUUGCAUCAGGCCUGGAUGGAGUUCGAUCCUCUGUGUUCUGCGCUGACUCGAGUUAAUCGGCAACUGGAUGUACUGCAGCAUAAUCCUCCAAAGUGA